AACAUUCCUUGUAGGUUUCAAUCAUGUCAAGCGGUGAUGACAGAAAACUCCAAGUGGAUGAUUCCUUCAUGCUCAAAGCUAUGCAACAACAAUUUCAGAGGCUAGACAUCAUGUUUGGUGAAAUUAAAGACAAAAUGGAGAAGCAAGCUACAGCCAUUGCCAAGUUAUACCAAAUACAGAAUGGAAGUCCAAAUUUUCAUAAUCACAAUCUUGAUGACAAUGAUGAAGAUGCAUUCAAUGAUGAUGCCCAGAACUCAAAUUUUAGCAUGGACAAAUUUAUGAGAGGUAGAGGGGGUCAAAGAUAUAGAUUUAACAAAGGAGACCAAAAUCUGGCAGGGUGGGGAGAUCGGCCAGAUCAUGACUUAGGCAGCAUCAAGAUAAAGAUUCCUCCAUUUCAAGGCAAAAAUGAUCCAAAUGUGUAUUUGGAAUGGGAAAAGAAGGUGGAAUAUGCCGUUGAUGGAGAACUGCUUGUCACUAGGCGAGCUUUGAAUGUGCAAGCCAAAGAAGAUGAUGAAGUACAA